AUGGCAGAUUCAGCUAGACCUGCCAAUUUUGGUGAUCCUGCUGCUGCUGCGAGUGCCCCUUCCAGAGCACCCCAAGCAUCUCUGGAUCGCUCCUCUGCUCCUCCGUCGUUACACGAAUGCGUUCCUUUCUCUGCUCCGACUGCUGUUUUCCGCGAGCCUUUCAGUCUAGCGCACCGUUCAUCCCCGUUACAAGUACCCCCCACUAUGGCUGUAGCGCCAGACGCCUCUUUGCACUGUACUGCCGAGAGUAACCUGGCUCGAAGCUUGAGCAGCAGCCGCAGCAGGAGGGCGCGUGAGAACCCUUCACUACAGUCACACGUGGAAUAUGAGGAGCGUCCAGAAACGGGGGAGAGGGAAAUGUUGGGCUUUAAGGCCAGCGGCAGUGGAAGAGGUGCAGGAAUGGCUUGGAACAGGGCUGCAGAGAAAAGUCAAAUCAACUUGGCAGGAGAGGGUGGGGAUGAAAGGGGAAGGGUUAUUGCGUUCAUUGAGCAGGCUGAGGGAGGGGAAGUGGGGAAUCUGGUGGUAAAAUCUGGACGUGAAGUCUUUCCUUUUCAGAGAUGCUCUUUGCUAAGUGGCAGCGGAAACAGGAGAGGUGGUGGUAACCCCAAGAAGCGACGUAUUCUUCCAAGCGAGGACGAGGUGAGGGCGGCUGCAGCUGAUUGGCCAACGCUUGGAGCCACUUUGAGACGAGCUCUUGGGGCGAGAGCGCAAAGACUUGGUGGUGGUGUUGGUGGUGGUGUUGUGGGGAGUGAAGGAGAAGAGCAGAUGGAGAUUGACCUCCUCCAGUCUCUUCUUUCCCACUUUUCCCCCCCUGAAACAGCCCCUGCUGCUGACCCUGCUGGAACGCCUCAUGCAGUUACCUCUGCGUCUUCACUCACUCCUGCUCAUCCUGCCUCUAUUCCUCCCUCCCUCCCGCUAGUCGCUGCUGCUCCAGAGCAGAUGUUUUUUGCCUCUGGUAGAGAAUGGUCCCCAUUUGUUCCAUAUGUAGCCCCUAUCAAGGCAGUGGCUGUUCCACCUGGUUCUAAUUUUAAGCCUGCUGUUACACCUGAGGUCUCACCUGACGAUGCACCUGGACGUGCUGUGUCUGCUCCUGUGGUAGUGGCAGCAGAGGAGCAGCAGCAGGAGCGAUUGAUCAUGCAGGAGGAGUUAAAGGCGCAGCAGGAGGUGCUUCAGCAGCAGAGGCAGCAGCAGCACCAGAAGCAGUUUCAGUCACACCAGCAGCAGCAGCAGGGCGACGUGGCAGUGAAAUCUGGGCUGCCAGUGGCUCUGCAUCAGCCCAUCCCUGUUCCUGCUGCUCAUGGUCCUCAUGUUGGCCUGGCUGAGCUGGCAGCGAUGCUGGAGACUGGCGGAGGGGGUGGUGGAAGUAGAUUCGCCUCUGGGUUUCCUGCACCUGCUGAUGGCAUGGCUCCUGCUGCAGUUACUCCUGCUCCAGCCGUUCCUGCACGUGGUUUUUGGCCCGGUGGCAUUUCAACUCGUGGUUUCAUUCCAGCGAUUCAGCACCACUCCUUUCCUUCCUUGGCACAGCCUGGAUCUGCUUUUGAAGCUGCAUUGCCACAGCAGCAGGGGGGUGAGUCUCACGCACAGCAGCUAUUGCAAGAUCAAGGGGGGAGAGGGGCCGACGAGGAAUUGGCACAGCUGGAACAGCUUCGUCAGCUGAUGCUGCUACAGGAGCAGCUUUUAGGGGGUCAAGCACAGGAAGAUGAGCUCCGAUUGAGGAGGCAGAGGUUGGAGAGUUCCCUGAUUGGUGGUAACCGGGAUUAUGAUAAGGAGGGUACGUCUUCCCUCCAUCCCCUGCUGUCUCACCUCAUGGUGCUUGCAAUUCCACUCACACGCACUCCUCCUCCUGCUGCUGCUGCUGCCACCCCAGCAGCAGGUGCUAGUGCAAAUGGAUCAACCAGCACGCUCAGCGCACAGCUCGUCGCAGCGACCCGCUCUCUUCCUCCAGCCUCUGCCACACGCCGACCAGGCAGGACAGGAGAUGAGCGAGCGCCUGUUUGUGGAUGUGCGGCCGUCCCCCUGCCAGCCCUGCCAGCAGCGAGGGGUUUUCCUGCAGGGCAGAGUGCUGCUGCCCGCUCAGGUGGGUUGACGUGUGGGUGGGCAGUGGCAGCACUGUGCUUUGCAUGCGCCAUGCUCGCACUGUCGUCCCCCUGCCAACACUGCCAGCAGCGAGGGGUGUUCCUGCAAGGCAGAGUGCUGCUGCCCGCUCAGGUGAGAUUGAGUUGUGCUGUGGCACCAUGUGCUGUGGCACCAUGUGCUGUGGCAGCAUGUGCUGUGGCGGCAUGUGCUGUGGCAGCAUGUGCUGUGGCAGCAUGUGCUGUGGCAGCAUGUGCUGUGGCACCAUGUGCUGUGGCACCAUGUGCUGUGGCAGCAUGUGCUGUGGCAGCAUGUGCUGUGGCACCAUGUGCUGUGGCACCAUGUGCUGUGGCACCAUGUGCUAUGGCAGCAUGUGCUGUGGCACCAUGUGCUGUGGCAGCAUGUGCUCUAUGUGGAGAUGGUUCUGUGCUCUUCCAUUUCUGGUUCGGCCACGGCAGCCAGCGCAAGUCGCAAGCCGUGCGUCGCUCCCGCUGCCCCAUCUGCCGCACUGCAUGUGGCACCACCAAGGGUCUCAGGAAUCACCUGGAAGCUUCUCACAGCCGCUUUGACUACACUUUCCAUCUCCAGCAGCCAUUGCCAGUCGUCCACGUCACCUGCAAACCUCAGCUGGAUCUGGAGCGCCCAGCAGUCACGGCAUCGGCAUCAGUCCAUCGGCAGCAAGCCAAAGGCCCACCAUUCUUCUGUUACCACUCUUAUCCCCUUUUUGAACCACUCGCCCUCACCAUCAGGCAUCGGAACAAGCGAGCAGGAGGCAGAGGAAAGCAGCGGCAGCAGCAGCGUGUGGGCGGGGAGGAAACGCCUUGCAUCAUGCGAGCAAGGGAGGGACGUGGGGAGGUUUUCCCGUGUGGUGGUGGUGCCAGGGAUAGUGGCAAUGGUGUAUGGGGUGCUGGUAACGAUGAGACUGAUGAUAAUGAUGCCAUCACUGCCAGAGAUAAUCGCAAUGGUGAUGAUGCCAGUGGCGCUUGUGUGGGUGGUGAAAAGGAUGGUUGGGCUGCUGCAGGUGAUGUUUGUGUUGCUGCAACUGGAGCAGCAGCAGCAGCGGGCGCAGUAGCAGCAGCAGAAGGAGCAGGAGCAGGAGAAGCAGGGGGAGAAAAAGGAAAAGGUAGAGUAGAUUUCGGGGGUGGGGGGGUGUUAAAAGAGAAGGGGACAGAGGAGGAGGGAGCAAAGGAGGAGGAGAGGGGAGAGGGGAAGGGGAAGAGAGAGGAGAAGGAGAAGAGAAAGGGGAAGGAGAAGGCAGAGGGGAAAGCAGAGGCAGUGGAGGAGAAGAAGAGAGAAGAAAUGUCAUUGGAGGUGGCUCAAAGGAUUGCUGAGGAGAUGCGGACAGAAGCGAAGGCUUCAAGAGACAGAGGUGGGUUGCACAUUGGUAUUGGUAGAGAAGGUGUAAGGAAGAAAAGGAAGGGAGGAGGGGAGAAUCACUCACUCACCCUCGGUUACAAAUCCACCGCCCCUCUUCCUCCCAUCAUCCUCCCCCUACUUCCUGCUCCACCCUCCUCCCUGUCUCACCCAUUCCGUGUUAAAUCGUCGUCAGGGCUCCUGCAGAGAACCUUCUACCACUCGCAGCGAUGGCAGCCAAUCACGGCGCAGGAGAUGGCGCAGGAUGCAGACAGCGAGGACGAGUGGGAUGAAGCUGCCGCCUCGUAUGCGGACCGCAAGCUGCUGGGCGAGUUUGAGGACGUGCUGGGCGAGGAGAAGGGCAUCAUGCACCGCUGGAUGGCGUUUGUGCGCCGCCACAGGGUGAUAGCGGAUAGGCAUGUGCCAUGGACAUGCGAGGCAUUCACCAUCACACACAAGGACUUCCUCUCCUCCUCCCCUUGCACCCGUAUGUGCUUCAUGCUCUUUCUAGUGAAGCUGUGGAACGUGAAUCUGAUUCCAGGCGGCGUUAUUGACAAGUGUCUGCAAAUACUUGUCUGGCAGCAGAUCCACGCCCUCCAUCUCUUCUGCCCAGUCUGGGUCAUUGUCACACCCACCAUUGCCACACCCGCCAUUGUCACACCCGCCAUUGUCACACCCGCCAUUGUCACACCCGCCAUUGUCACACCCACCAUUGUCACACCCGCCAUUGUCACACCCACCAGUGUCACACCCGCCAUUGUCACACCCGCCAGUGUCACACCCGCCAGUGUCAUACCCGCCAUUGUCACACCCGCCAGUGUCACACCCGCCAUUGUCACACCCGCCAUUGUCACACCCGCCAUUGUCACACCCGCCAGUGUCACACCCAACUACCCGUGUAUCAGGGUCACGCUUUUCACCCUCCUCUGA